AUGCCUUCUGUGGUCUGCUUCCGCAAUGCACGCCUCUGCGUCGAUGGCCAGCUACAUCCUCAAGCACAGUUCGAUGUAGACACUAGCACUGGAAAGAUCAUCGAGAGGAGCCAGCAUCCAGACCACAUCACAAUCGACCUGAAAAAUGCUAUCGUCGCACCCGGAUUCUUGGAGCUGCAGACAAACGGAUCGAGAGGCUUCCACUUUACGCAUUUCACUGAUGCGGAAACAUAUACGGAGAAUCUCACGCGAGUCGCAGAGUAUCUUCCAAGAACAGGUGUGACAGCCUUCUAUCCCACAGUCCCCACCGUGGCCAGUCAAGAUUUCAAGAAGAUACUCCCAUGUCUCGCACCGCAUGAUCUAGCACGUGCUGCCGCCGUCCUCGGUGCGCACGCAGAGGGACCAUACCUCCAGCCUCUGAAAAAGGGCGCUCACAAUGCCUCGCUUUUCCAAUUGCCCACAGUCCCUCCAGAACAUAUCUAUGGCCAAGAGGGACUGGCUGCCACAAAAGUUGUCACUCUCGCGCCAGAGAAUGAAGGCUCUCUUGACCUUAUCAAGAACCUGACGCAGAACGGGAUCAUGGUCUCCUUGGGCCACUCCAAUGCCACAUAUCAUCAGGGACUCGCUGCUGUCGAGGCCGGAGCCAAGUGCUUGACUCAUACUCUCAAUGCCAUGGCGCCUCUUCACCAUCGAGAUCCAGGACUGACAGGUCUCGUGGCCACUCCUUCAACCAACUCGCCCUUUUUCAGCAUUAUUGCUGACGGCAAUCAUCUCCAUCCCAGCGUCGCCACUGUGCUCUUCAGAAGCAAUGCGAAGAAGUGUGUCCUCAUUACGGACUCGAUCGAGCUCGCAGGACUCCCAGAUGGCACCUACCCAGGUCAUGCUCAGAUUCCGUUCAAUCAAACAAAACUUGGAAGCAAAGUCGGCAUUGAAGGCACAGAGACACUCGUUGGAGGGUGUGCGUCACUUUCAGAGUGUGUGCAGAAUCUUGUGAAGUGGAGUGAAUGCGGUAUUGCCGAAGCCGUCAGAUGUGUGACGGAAAACGUGGCAAACUUGAUGGCAUUGACAGAUAGAGGCAUGCUAGAACCCGGUCGCAGAGCCGACUUUGUUGUUUUAGACGAUGAAGCAAAUGUGCUUCAGACAUGGAUAGGAGGUGUGAAAGUCUGGGAUUUACAACACAGUGCAAACAAUUAA